UCAUGCUGCUGCCAGGUCCAGAGUCUCUCAUGGGUCCCUGUACGGCCUCCCAUUGCUGCUGUCUCCAUCGCCACACUCUGCCAUGUGCCACUUUCAGGUCUCCUCACACACUGCUGGUGUGUUCCAUUUUUUUGUCAUAGGGUGCUGGCAGAUUACGGGCCUCCCAUUGCUGCUGCCAGGCCCCUAAUCUGCCAUGGGCCCCUGUACCGCCUCCUCAUGCUGCUGCCAGGCCCGUAAUCUGCCAUGGGCCCCCGUACCAACUCCUCAUGCUGCUGCCAGGCCCGUAAUCUGUCAUGGGCCCCUGUACCGCCUCCUCAUGCUGCUGCCAGGUCCAGAGUGUCUCAUGGGUCCCUGUACGGCCUCCCAUUGCUGCUGUCUCCAUCGCCACACUCUGCCAUGUGCCACUUUCAGGUCUCCUCACACUGCUGGUGGGUUCCAUUUUUGUCAUAGGGUGCUGUAUGGCCUCCCAUUGCUGCUGCCUCCACCGCCACACUGUGGCUCCACACUCUGGUUUUGGCCCCGUGACUGCCCAAAUGAGUGAAGUGUGCGGUGAUUCUAAGAUCGACGGCACUCAUCUGCAUGUC